AGGGCGGGGCAGUGCGCAUGCGCGGUACCUCUUGUGGCCCUUCUCCUCUCGGCGCUCGCCCGGUCUUCAGGGACCUAUUCCAGCAGUAAAUCCAAGGACGGGACCGUCAGGCAAAGAUACAACCUUUGUAUUUGGCAUCAUUUGUUCAGCUGCUGUGUAGAAACCCUCACUAACUGUACACGGAAAUCAGUCAGAUAGGUACGGUUCUCCCCGUGCGUCGACCGGGCCAAACGAGCAGAGCAUCCAUUCCUCCAUCUACUGGCUGAGGUGUUCCAGUCUGAGCUAGCUCGCGUUAGCCGAGAGGACAGUUGUGUCUGAGGGGAUCUUCAAAAUGUCGGGUUACCAAGGAAAGAAGAACAUUCCACGAAUUACAAGUGACCGUCUCCUCAUCAAAGGAGCAAAGAUAGUCAACGAUGAUCAGUCAUUCUUGGCCGAUAUCUACAUGGAGGAUGGAGUCAUCAAGCAAAUAGGAGACAACCUCAUUGUUCCCGGAGGAGUGAAGAUCAUAGAGGCUCAUGGGAGAAUGGUGAUGCCUGGGGGCAUCGACGUGCACACCCGAUUCCAAAUGCCGGACCGAGGCAUGGUGGCAGCCGACGACUUCUACCAGGGCACUAAGGCGGCCCUGGCUGGGGGGACAACUAUGAUCCUCGACCACGUGGUUCCGGAGCCUGGAGUCAGCCUGGUUGCUGCUUUCAAGCAGUGGCGAGAGUGGGCUGAUAGCAAGUCCUGCUGCGACUAUUCUCUGCAUGUGGACAUCACCGAGUGGAACAAAGGCACUCCAGAAGAGAUGGAGGCCCUGGUGAAAGAUCAUGGUGUCAACUCUUUCCUGGUCUAUUUGGCUUAUAAGGAUGUUUUCCAACUUUCUGACUCUGAGAUCUAUGAGGUGUUCAGUGUAAUCAGAGACCUUGGGGCAAUUGCGCAGGUGCAUGCUGAGAAUGGAGACAUCAUUGCAGAGGAGCAGAGGCGUAUUCUAGAGCUCGGGAUCUCCGGCCCUGAAGGCCACGUACUUAGCCGCCCUGAGGAGGUGGAGGCCGAGGCGGUGAAUCGGUCUGUCACCAUCGCCAAUCAGACCAACUGUCCCCUCUACAUCACCAAGGUGAUGAGCAAGAGUGCCGCUGAUGUCAUUGCCCUUGCAAGGAAAAAGGGUGCCGUGGUUUACGGAGAGCCCAUAUCUGCCAGCUUGGGCACAGAUGGUACCCAUUACUGGAGCAAGAACUGGGCAAAGGCGGCAGCCUAUGUUACUUCUCCGCCGCUUAGUCCGGAUCCCACCACCCCCGACUACCUCAACUCUCUGCUGUCAUGUGGAGACUUGCAAGUGACUGGGAGUGCUCACUGCACCUUCCAGACGUCUCAGCGUGCAAUAGGCAAAGAGGACUUCACCCUCAUUCCAGAGGGCACUAACGGCACCGAGGAGAGGAUGUCCCUAAUCUGGGACAAAUGUGUGGUGACUGGCAAGAUGGAUGAGAACCAGUUUGUGGCGGUGACCAGCACAAAUGCGGCCAAAAUCUUUAACUUGUUCCCUCGCAAGGGCCGUAUCGCUGUGGGUUCUGAUGCCGACCUCGUGCUGUGGGACCCAGAUGUCACUAAGAUCAUCUCCGCCAAGAGCCACAACCUGGCUGUGGAGUAUAACAUCUUUGAGGGCACAGAAGUGCGCGGGGGUCCGGUGGUGGUGAUCAGCCAGGGCAAGAUUGUGUUGGAGGAGGGCAGCCUUCACCCCACGGAGGGCUGCGGUCGCUACAUCAGCCGCAAACCCUUCUCUGACCACGUUUACAAGAGGAUAAAGGCUCGCAGCAGGCUCACAGAGUUGCGAGGAGUCCCCAGGGGCCAGUACGACGGGCCGGUGUGUGAGGUGACCGUGACUCCCAAAGUGAUGUCCACAGUCUCUACAGCGAAGACUUCCCCUGCCAAGCAGCAGCAGCAGCAGCAGCAGCAGAUUGGUCCUCAGCCCGUGCGCAACCUUCACCAGUCUGGCUUCAGUCUGUCCGGUGCCCAAGUUGACGACAACAUUCCUCGUCGCAGCACUCAACGCAUCGUGGCUCCACCGGGUGGAAAAGCCAACAUCACCAGCCUCGGCUAGUAUUCCUAAAGCGAACCAGGGGUGCAGCAAACGCGGCACCGGAGGCCACUCUUACUGCUCUCACAUCACAUCUGGUCACCGCCGCCUCCCCCCUGCGCCACACACACACACACACACACACACACACAAGCACUCCAUCCAUUCUCCUUCACACAAUACCAUGAUGUAAUUUUAUGCGACAAAAAAAGCACUAUUCCACGUUGUUUAAUCUUUCCUGCUAUAUUCCAUCAGCAAGGAAGGAACAAGUGAAUUGAAGUGAACAGCUUUUUUGCGUUUUCUAAACCAAGUUUGAUAAGGGAUGAAAUUAAUUUGUUUACAUUUUUGUAUUGUUUUCUUUUUUGCUGUACAUGUUUGAGCUGUUAAGUUGGCCUCUUGGCUCAAAAGUUAACAGAAAAGAAGAGGUUAGUUUCAUGGGCAAGCAUUUUAAAAGCUGCGGGUAGAAUCCGCUUGUUACUGCGCCACAAUUAGGUCAAGAAGCCUCCAUUGUCCAUUUUGUAAGACGGUUACGCUGUCAGGUUGCAGUCUUUCCUCUUUGUAUAAGGACUGUGUAAAUCAGAAUAACUCCUUUUGGUCCACCCUUUAAGUUAUUGUUUCACUCUCCUCAUUCAAAUCAAAAUUGGUGCAUCUUUUAAUUACGUUAAGUCAUGUAAGUGCUGACUGCACAGAAAGGAAGGGAACAAGGAAAGGGUAUUUUAAGGUUAAACUAAUCAUUUAACUCCGCCCUGAAAAUGGGGUCGUGUUGGCAUAUAGCAGUUUGUCUGAGUCGCAUGAACCGUUUCCUUCAUCUCGUCACAUAAUGUUUAUUAAGAGGUUGUCAGGGAAACAAGCUUCCAAUGAUCCAACCGGUGUAUUGUUCAGGAAACAGACAGACACAAAGAAGAAGCUAGAUCUGAGGUUUGAUGACAACCGCUCUGCACCUGGUGCUAUAUGACCCUUGCUGUAUACGUGCAGAUGACCUCCACACACACAGCACUUCCCUUUCACCCAGUUUUCACUACAUUUAUAUUGCACUCGUAACAAUCCAAAUGAUAUGUAUAUGGUACGUUAGCUUGCAAUUUUUUAUUUGUAUUGGACUUGUCUGUGUUUAAGGAUAUUUGUUGAAUCCAACUACUUGCCUGCCUGUUAUGUAUGAUAUUGAGAGCACACUGUAUCUAUGAAGGCUCUUUAAAGACCUGGAACCGUGAUCUUUGAGACCUGAUGAAAAAUGCUUCGGUAUGUAUAUGAAAUCCCCCUACAAUGUGUUGACGUGUCCUCUGUUCUCGGUGUUGGUGUCGUGAAUGAAUCAUCGGAUAUCCAGUUUCUCCUUUCUCACCCCCUCUACCUGCACAACACUGUCGACACCAGAUCCCCUCGAGGUGGUAACUGUAUUCACUAAACUAAGCGGGCUGUCCGCUUCACGGCACUGUGCGGCCAUACUGUAAAACACUGGAUUAUUUCUUCCUCAUUGCCUUGUCACGUGUAGGUUUUGUAUGCCACGCUAUAAUGUGAAGUGAUUUACACUGGGGGAAGUGUCAUGGUGUUGGUUGUUGAGUUGUGAUUUGUUGAGCACUGUUGUUGCCUCUCUCCCAGCAAGUGUGAUACUCUCUUGGUCAUGUAUGUUUUGUAGGAUGUUGAACUGAGUUCUUUGGGGGGAAUCAUCAGUCUUGUCAGCAUUUGACCCUAUCUGUGUUGACUUCAGUGGAUUAAAAUAAUAAAAAAAAGAGUUAUCGUA